AUGACGAAUAUGCAAGAGCAUGUGCAAAUGGAUAUUUGGGAAAAUAUGGAAGCUCAAGUAGUUAUUGCGCAAGAAGGAGUAGUACAGAGCCGCCUCCAAGUUGCCAAACAAGCUUAUAUAUAUCACCUUCCAGGCAGAGAAAGAGAAAAAAACAAAUACGAAUGUCAGGAUUUAAAAGGUGAUGAUGUAGAAGAAGGAAGUACAACAACAUCAUUAUUGUUGUAUCCAGGAAUUCGAAAUGAUGAAAAUAAUCUUCGUUGGGAUUUCAUUUGCAAAGUUUACUAUAUCCUCGCCUCUCAGAUCCUCCUAACCACCAUCGUCUCUGCUGGAACUGUCCUAUACCUUUCCAUUAACAACAUCCUUCAUGGCAAAACCAUUCUCCUCAUUUACCUCUCUUAUGUAAUGUUGUUGCCUUUGUAUUUCUAUAGACGAAAGCAUCAAUUGAAUUUUGUUUUCCUUGGCAUCUACACUAUAACCUUGAGUAUCUCUAUUGGUAUAGCAUGUGCUAUUAUAAAUGGAAAAAUUGUGCUUGAAGCCUUGAUUUUAACAUCAGCUGUAGUUUUAUCUCUUACUGGUUACACAUUUUGGGCUUCAAAGAGAGGGCAGGACUUCAGCUUUUUGGGUCCAAUAUUGUUUGCUAGCCUCAAUGUACUUAUCUUGACUGGAUUUUUGCAGUUGUUCUUCCCUCUUGGAUCUACAGUCAAUGCUAUUUACUGUGCAGUAAGUGCUAUUGUUUUCUGCACGUAUAUUGUGUUUGAUACGUACAAGCUGAAUAAGAGAUUCACCUAUGAUGAAUACAUCUGGGCUUCUGUCCAUCUUUACCUGGACAUUCUCAACCUCUUCCUAGACAUUCUGCGAUUGCUCAGGCCGCGAAACACAACUAACUAGGUCCACAUUUCGACCAACUAUUGAUACUGUAUUAUUGUAACAUUGAUCUCUCUAUUCACUUACCUACUUACUCUCAUGUAGAAUAGUAUUUUGUAAACAAAAUAUAUGGAUUUAAUUUCAAGAAUAAAAUUUCAUUAA